CACAACAAAUUGUGGUGCAAAAUGCAGAUAUACCGAAUAUCAAUCAAAACCCACUACCAAAUCAUAAAGAAACAAACAUGUUGGAGUUGAUAUAUGGUAGUGAUGGGUCUGAUGUUCCAUACAAGCCUAUCAUGAAGAUUGAAGCAGGCGUGGAGAAAUCAGUAAAUGUGGCAGAUUCCGCAAAAACAGCACCUUUGGGGUUAAAUGAGGUUACAAAGAGACCAAUCCAGUCAGACGCGAUGAAACCCUUAUUGAUUGUGAAGGGAGCUCCAGAGAAGGUUGGGGCAAGUCAGGGAAAACCAAAGUUGAUCGUGCCAAGGGUGUCGAGCAGGCCUAUUUUAACUGUCAAAGGGGCGUUCACCACUCCUAUCAUUAUUAAGCCAGUGACACAACUUUCAAUAGUUGAUGCUAAGGCGGUUCCCUGGAAUUAUAAUCAGACUAUGGUUACUUACCAAGGGAAGGAAAUCAUCAAAGAAGUAGACGAAGUAGGGGGCCUGACUCGUUCAGGAAGAUGCUUCGCUCCGGAAGAGUUAAGGAAAACUAAGCAGGUAAGGGAAGGCCAAAUACCCGUUAAGAAACCAGUAACAGAGGAAGAAGCUGAAGAGUUCUUGAAAAAGAUGAAAUUGCCAGACUAUUCCAUUGUGGAGCAAUUAAGGAAAACCCCUGCUCAAAUCUCUUUGUUGUCUUUAUUAAUACACUCAGAUGAACACCGCAAAGCUUUGUUGAAGAUUUUGAAUGAAGCUCAUGUCCCUACUGAGAUUACGGUUAAUCAAUUGGAGAAAAUUGCUGGGAGGAUCUUUGAGGUAAAUAGAAUCACUUUCUCAGAUGAUGAACUACCCGUUGAAGGUACUGGACAUAACCGAAGCCUUCAUAUUACUGUAAAAUGUGAGCUUUCCUAUGUCACGAGAGUUUUGAUUGAUGGGGGCUCUGGUGCAAACAUUUGUCCUCUGUCAACCUUACAAAAACUAAAUGUAAGUACUGAAAGAAUUCGACCAAAUAAUGUGUGUGUUAGAGCUUUUGAUGGAGCGAAAACUGACGCCAUCGGUGAGAUAGAUCUUGUGCUUACAAUAGGGCCUGGUGAUUUUGCCAUAGAUUUUCAAGUAUUGAACAUCAAUGCCUCCUAUAAUAUGUUGUUGGGAAGACCGUGGGUACAUAUGGCUGGGGCAAUCCCAUCCACAUUGCAUCAGAUGAUCAAGUUUGAAUAUGAUAGGCAGGAAGUGAUCGUUCACGGUGAAGGGGAUUUGUCCAUUUAUAAAGACUCCACUGUUCCCUUUAUCGAAGUGGAUAAUGCUGAUGAAACACUGGUGUAUCAAGCUUCUGAUAUAGUGGUAGCUGAGCAGAUCCCUGAAGGGAAACCCAUUCUGAGACCGCAGUUGCCUCCAACAUCUGUUAUGGUGGUAAAUGAAAUGUUGAAAUAUGGUUUUGAGCCAGGAAAAGGCUUGGGGGCUUCUCUACAAGGUAUGGUUUAUCCGGUGUGUCCACGUGAGAGUCCAGGUCCAUUUAGUCUGGGGUUCAAACCAACGGCUGAAGAUAGAAAGAGGGUUAAAAAGCGAAAAAAAGAAGCAUGGUCACUUACUAAGCCUGUGCCACCAAUCUACAAGUCCUUCGUCAAGAAUACCAGCAGUUUUUCCCAGCCAGUACUGGAUGUGGAUUUUGGGUUGAUUGGGUGUUUCCAGAACUUGUUUGUUGAAGCUGAUAUGGUUGAAAUGGGAGGGGGUCCCAGUAACGCGGAUGUGCAGUUCAUUGGCCAUGAUGUCCAACUCAGCAAUUGGGAAGUCACUCCUCUCCCAACCAGGAAGGAGUUUUGUUCUGUUUGUGCUGGUUCUAAUGAUAUGACAUGCAUGCGGAAUUCUCAGCCAGAUCUUAAAAUCCGACCUAACCAUGAAACAAUGAACCAAGAAGUUGAAUAUGAUGAAGAAGAAGUAUUUCAGGAAAUAAAAUUACUCCAGGCUUUGUUUAAAUAUAAGGAUGUUUUUGCAUGGUCUUGUGAUGAUAUGCCGGGUUUAAGUACUAAAUUGGUGGUUCACAAAUUGCCAACUGACCCCACAUUCCCUCCUGUGAAGCAGAAAUUAAGGAAACUAAAAUCAGACAUGAGUGUGAAGGUUAAAGAAGAAAUCGAAAAACAACUUGAGUCCAAAGUCAUCCGAGUCGCUCGAUACCCUACUUGGUUAUCCAAUGUUGUCCCCGUUCCGAAGAAGGAUGGCAAAACGCGUGUGUGUGUGGAUUAUCGUGAUCUAAACAAAGCAAGCCCGAAGGAUGACUUUCCAUUGCCCAAUAUCCAUAUUUUGUUAGACAACUGUGCUAAGCAUGAGAUUGCGUCUUUUGUAGAUUGCUACGCAGGGUAUCACCAGAUCGUUAUGGAUGUUGAUGAUGCAGAGAAGACAUCCUUCAUCACAGAAUGGGGUACAUAUUGUUAUCGAGUCAUGCCGUUUGGGUUGAAGAAUGCUGGGGCAACAUAUAUGAGAGCGAUGACCACCAUAUUUCACGAUAUGAUGCAUAAAGAAAUUGAAGUAUAUGUGGAUGAUGUGAUCAUUAAAUCAAGAAAGCAGUCUGACCAUGUCAAGGAUUUGGUGAAAUUUUUCGAAAGGCUUCGCAGGUACAAUCUUAAGCUCAAUCCAGCGAAAUGUAUAUUUGGAGUCCCGUCAGGGAAACUUUUGGGGUUUGUAGUCAGUCGGCGUGGUAUUGAAUUGGAUCCUGCAAAGAUCAAAGCUAUUCAGGAGUUACCACCGCCAAAGAACAAAACUGAGGUAAUGAGCCUACUUGGGAGGUUGAAUUACAUUAGUCGAUUUAUUGCUCAACUCACAACAACUUGUGAGCCCAUUUUUAAGUUGUUAAAGAAGAAUGCUGCGAUUGAAUGGACUGACGAAUGCCAAGAAGCGUUUGACAAAAUCAAGAGGUAUCUGUCGAAUCCACCUGUAUUGGUUCCUCCCGAGCCUGGGAGACCUUUAAUAUUGUACCUAUCAGUUCUGGACAAUUCCUUUGGUUGCGUAUUGGGUCAACAUGAUGUUACAGGCAAGAAGGAACAGGCAAUCUAUUAUCUCAGCAAGAAGUUUACUACUUAUGAGGCUAAGUACACUCAUCUAGAAAGGACGUGUUGCGCUUUGACUUGGGUUGCACAAAAAUUGAAACAUUAUCUUUCGUCCUACACUACUUAUCUUAUCUCCCGCUUGGACCCUUUGAAGUAUAUAUUUCAGAAACCCAUGCCCACGGGCAGGCUUGCAAAAUGGCAGAUAUUACUCACGGAGUUUGAUAUUUCGUAUGUGACUCGGACCGCGAUGAAAGCCCAAGCCUUGGCAGACCAUCUGGCGGAGAACCUAGUGGAUGAAGAAUAUGAGCCAUUGAAAACGUACUUUCCUGAUGAAGAAGUGUCAUGCCUCGAGGAGGUCAUUCCGGAUAACGAUCCGGGUUGGAAGUUGUUUUUUGAUGGGGCUGCUAACAGGAAAGGAGUUGGGGUAGGGGCCGUUCUUAUCUCAGAAUCAGGACAACAUUACCCUGUAACAGCCCAGCUUCGAUUUUAUUGUACCAACAACAUGGCGGAGUAUGAAGCUUGCAUUUUGGGUUUAAGGUUAGCUAUCGACAUGGGGAUUCAAGAAUUAUUGGUAUUGGGGGAUUCAGACUUGCUAGUCCACCAAGUUCAAGGAGAGUGGGAAACCCGUGAUUUGAAGCUUAUACCAUAUCACCAGUGUUUGCAGGAUCUUUGCAGAUGGUUCAUAACAGUAAAAUUUAAGCACAUUCCUAGGAUUCAUAAUGAGAUUGCUGAUGCUUUGGCCACCUUGUCUUCAAUGCUCCAGCACCCAGACAAGGCUCACAUUGACCCUUUACAUAUACAAACUCACAAUCAACAUGCUUAUUGCAAUACAGUUGAAGAGGAACUUGACGGUGAGCCUUGGUUCCAUGAUAUUAUAGAAUAUACCGAGUCGGCGAAAUAUCCAGCACAUGCUACCAGUGACCAGAAGAGAGCUAUUCGACGAUUGGCAAGCGGAUUUUUCUUAAGUGGAGGAAUUUUGUAUAAAAAGACUCCAGAUUUAGGACUUUUGAGGUGUGUAGAUGCUAAAGAGGCUACAACUAUCAUGACUGAGAUACAUUCAGGAGUUUGUGGACCGCACAUGAACGGGUAUGUUUUGGCAAAGAAAAUUCUUCGAGCAGGCUAUUACUGGCUCACCAUGGAGCGGGAUUCCAUCCGUUUCGUUCGUAGGUGUCAUCAGUGCCAGGUACAUGGCGACUUGAUACAUUCUCCUCCUUCAGAAUUACACACAAUGUCUGCUCCAUGGCCUUUCGCAGCUUGGGGGAUGGAUGUGAUCGGACCAAUUGAGCCGAAAGCGUCCAAUGGGCAUAGGUUCAUUUUGGUGGCCAUCGAUUACUUUACAAAGUGGGUGGAAGCAGUAACUCUCAAGUCGGUGACUAAAAAAGCCGUGGUGGAUUUCGUUCAUUCCAACAUCAUUUGCAGGUUCGGGAUCCCGAGGACAAUGAUUACAGAUAAUGCGGCGAAUCUCAACAGUCAUCUGAUGCGUGAGGUAUGUCAGCAGUUUAAGAUUACACAUCGGAAUUCAACUCCAUAUCGUCCGAAGGCAAAUGGGGCUGUGGAAGCUACUAAUAAGAACAUUAAAAAGAUACUGCGCAAAAUGGUGCAAGGUUCGAGACAAUGGCAUGAAAAGUUGCCUUUUGCUUUAUUGGGUUAUCGCACAACUGUUCGCACUUCAGUAGGUGCAACUCCUUAUUUGUUGGUAUACGGGACCGAAGCGGUUAUACCUGCAGAAGUUGAAAUCCCGUCCCUUCGAAUCACUGAGGAAGCCGGAAUUGAUGACGAUGAGUGGGUCAAAACCCGUUUAGAGCAAUUGAGUCUGAUUGACGAAAAGAGAUUAACAUCGGUAUGUCAUGGUCAACUGUAUCAAAGGAGGAUAGCACGAGCACACAAUAAAAAGGUGCGCCCCAGACAUUUUGAAGUGGGUCAAUUAGUGUUAAAGCGGAUUCUUCCACAUCAGGCAGAGGCCAAAGGCAAGUUCGCCCCAAAUUGGCAGGGGCCAUUCGUGGUGAAGAAGGUUUUGCCCAAUGGUGCUUUGUGUCUGACAGACAUAGAAGGCACAAUGUCUGGAACUGCCAUCAAUGCAGAUGCAGUGAAAAGAUAUUAUGUAUGA